CUUUGGCGCGCCCAGGCCUACCUGAGGUCCUUCAGCCCUUCUGAGAAACUACUACCCGAUUCCCGCUCCAGUUCGGAAACGGACGCGGCGGCAACUUUCGUCGUACAGAAGAGGCGGAUACUCCCGUGAGGUAAAGAACGGCUUUAAAUAAACAAAGCGAGCUGGAGGGAGGAGGGCCGAAGGUUAAUGAAUUCCAACAGAAAGCUGAGCAAAAUCCAAACUGGAUGAUGCAUUAUUUAUUGCUAAAAAGAUACAAAUAGAUGAGUGUCCAAAGUAGAUGUUGGAGAUACUAAAGAGCCUGCAGCCUAUAUCAGUGGUGUUUCCCUUUUUCUGGUAUUAAUCCAUCAGAAGCAAGUGCCAUGUAGAAAAGAGAGAGCUUCUGCUGCUUUUUUAAAAUCAAGAUGAAAUAACUGCUUCUAGAAGUUUACUAUUUUUGAUCUGGAUAUAUGGGAUAUAAAAUGACUUUUCUUAUCAUUGACUUAACACGCAUCAAGUGGACAAAAUAAAAUACAAAGGAAAUUUCUUUUGAGAAGAAAAAUGCCAAGAAAAAAGAAAAAUCUAGGUGUGAGCCCAUCAAGAAAGAACAUAGACUUAGAGACUAUUGCUGCUACUGCUGCUGGCCUGGUGCCUUCAUCAGUAGAGCAUGUAAUGUUACAAGCACCAGAUGCUGUCAAUAAAGAAGAGCUCAUCAGCAGUCUUUCAGAAAUGUUUUCUGACUUGGACCCUACAGUGGUUUACAUGGUGCUGUCUGAAUGUGAUUUCCGAGUCGAAGACUCAAUGGAUUGCCUACUUGAAUUGUCCACUACUGCUAAGGGUAUAACAUCAACAUCUGAAGUCUCAGGUUUUGAUUCCAUAUCUGCAUCACUAGUUUGUGAAAAUCUGCCAUGCUCGUUUACUAAUGAGACAAAGGGCCAAAGUUCUACUGCAAAGAAAGCUGUAAAUUCAAGUGAGCAAUCAGAAAAGUCUUUGUCAUCUGAAGAAUUGACUUCCUUGUUGCAUAAUUCUUUGGGAGAACAUAAUCUGAAUACUGAAAUGAAGGAUUCAGAAAAUGACCAAAUCUCAGGUAAUCUCUGUCCAGUUCUGAACUGUAGUAGUUCCAUUUCUAUUAAGGAGCAAUCUAAGUGGGCAAAGGCCAGUUUGCAUUCUAAUGCUGUGCUUUCUUCAAAGCUAGUGGAAACAAGUAGUGAAAAAUUAGAAACCACCUUUACUGAAUUAAAUCCAGAUAAUAACACAUCUGAACCAGUUUUUAGAAAAGGAGUGAACAUUGAGAGAAAGGAUAGCCCAUUGUAUGAGGUAGAUAUAUUUGCAAAAAGCCCAGAAAAGUUUAGUUUGCCUGAAGUAGUGCUUGAUAGUGGUGCAAUUUCGGAAUCCAUUAUGCUACGUAGUAUAGAGGCAUGCCAUAGCAAACCACCACAAACACAAAAUGUUUUCUUGGAUUUUACAACAGUAAGUGGUGUAUCAGUUCAAGAGUGUCAGGGAUCUGCUGGAUUUGAAACAAGUUCAUUUGACCGUCAUAGUUCACAGUAUAUUGAAAAUUCAGAAGCACUGGCUGUGUGUAACAAUCCUAAAAAAGCUGCUAUCCCUGACCUCUGCACAGGAUCCAUUUUCAAAUCAUCAUCGUUUACUAAUGUUGACCAGUCACAACAGGCAUGGAAUUCACAAUUUUCCAUACUCCAGGAAUAUUCACCAGAACCUGUAUUUUAUCCUGCCUUUUAUCCUCAAAGUGUGAGCCAUAGUUUUGUAACCCCAGUUGCAGUCAGUCCUGGGAAGUGGAGGCCUGCUUCAGAUUAUAGGUCUCUUGGAAGAGUUUGUUCCCCUCAAGUAUCUUCACAGUCAUGGGACAACAAUUCUUCGGUGCCAAGAAUAUGGGAAAAUAAAGAUGGAAGCCAAAAAAUGAACUUUGCUCAAGUACACCAGCUUCCUAAUUGCCACAUGGUGAGAAGAAAGAAUCAUUUUGUAGGUCAUGUGCUUGUUCUUCUUAGAGGGGUUCCAGGAUCAGGCAAAUCAUACUUGGCAAGGACUUUGCUUGAAGACAAUCCUGGUGGAAUCAUUCUUAGUACAGAUGAUUAUUUUUAUCAGAAAAAUGGAAAGUACCAGUUUGAUGCUGAUUGUUUAGCAGAAGCACAUGAAUGGAACCGAAAACGGGCCAAAGAAGCAUUUGAAAAAAGGAUCACUCCUAUAAUAAUUGACAACACAAACACACAGGCUUGGGAAAUGAAACCAUAUGUUGCUCUGUCACAGCAACACAAGUAUAAAGUCAUAUUUCGUGAGCCGGAUACUUGGUGGAAGUUUAAACCAAAAGAACUGGAAAGGCGAAAUAUUCAUGGUGUUUCUAAAGAAAAGAUCAAAAAAAUGUUGGAACGGUAUGAACGCUGCCUGACUGUUAAUUCAAUUUUGAAUUCUUCAAUCCCAGAUGAACUGAAGAAUAUAACCCGUGAUGAAGUUCUUCAUCAGAAAGAGGGAGAGGGGAAGGAAGAUAUACUUUCUUAUGGGAAAACUGAAGAAGCUUUUGUUUCAACUUUAAAAUGUUCAGAAGUAAAUGUGGAUAAUGACCAUCUGUUAGAGAAAGAGACACUGGAGAAUCAGAAUUUUCAAAAAGAUAAGAGGGAAAUUAGACAUAAGUCAGAAGAAUGUCAUUCUGAAUGUAGAAUCCCUUUGAAUAAUUUGGAUAUUUAUACACCACCAAGUAACGAUACAGUGAAUUCUGUCAUCAAACCAGAAGUUGCUAAAAUUGACUCAGCAAAAGAAAGUGUACUCUUCAAUUUCAAUGUCAAAGAAACUGUUCACCAGCACAGUGACUUGAAAGCUCAGGUUGAAGCAAAUAAGUGUGCUGAAGUAGAAACAGAAGCAGAAUUGACUGAUGUGAAAAAUGCAGAUGGGGGAGAUUCAAAUUAUGAGCAAGCAGUAAGGCCAGAAAUGUUCAGUUUUGUGGGUGAUUGGCCAGUAGACCAAACCAUGGGACAGAGAGUGAAAAGAGCUAGAAGGUUAGAAAAACUUAUGAAGAGUGAAAAAGAGGACAAAGUUACAAAUAUUUUGACUCUUAAUUCAUUAAAAGUUCCAGAUAAAGGUGAAAACUUGGACCUGAUUCUAAAGGAGCUGCCAUUUUCUGAAAAUAAGCAGGAAGAGAAUCAUGAACGCUCUACCUAUAUAUCUAGUAUUAAGACCGAAGAAGAUGCAUCCAGAUUGCUAGUUGUAGGAGACUGGCCUGUCCAAAACUCUUUAGAGCAAAGACCAAAUAGAGCAAAGAGAAUGCCUAGGAAAAACCUUAGUGAUUCAGAAAGGCUUGGAAGUAAUCCGUGUAAUAACAGCAGAAAUGGUCUGAACACAAGGACUGUCCUUCCUGGUGUAUCACCAGGCAUUGGAAAUGAUGAGAUUUUUCAGGAACAGAAUACCUCAAGUUCUGAAACUCUUACUGAAAAAAAGCCUGUACAGAAUAAAAGAACACGCAAGCACCAUAAAUUAGCAUUAACAUUUACUAACAAUCUGGCUAUCGGCAAACCAGAGGAAAAGUCAUCUCUGUUUCAUGUUAUGGAGGAGAAGCCUGAUGAAUGCACACUGACAGAGACGAGCAAGUAUUCACAGACAGAACCUCAAGAUUUUGCUCACCUAUGGAGGCUUGAAAGGAAAAUUGUUGUUUCAGAGGACACUAGAAUUCUACAUGGCAGGCUAGAUGGAUUUAUACCAAAAUGUGUUGAUACCACUUCAGGUUGUCCUGAAAAAAUACCUUAUAAAGUAACUUACGAGAAAAGCACAUAUGUGGAAGAAAGUGAACUUGUCAGCAUUGAUGAGUCUGAAAAUCUAAAUAUUUUGUGUAAACUCUUUGGAUCCCUCUCAUUUGAUGCACUAAAGGAUUUAUAUGAGAGAUGUAACAGGGACAUUGAUUGGACUACUGGGAUAUUACUAGAUUCUGAUGAAAAGUUGUGCAAAAAAGAUAACACUGAAUGCUUGCAGAAAGCAGAGGCUCAAACUCCUGACACAGCUGUUGAUUCCAAGGAAAAUACUGGCUAUGUAGAGAAACGUGAUUCCCAAGAGGCAGUGAUUUCUAGAAUUAAUCAAGAUUCAGAAAUAUUUAAUAUCUUAAUUGAUGAUGCAUCUAAUAAAACUUCCGAUACUUCUGAUGUAAACACUGAAAUAGCCAACUUGCUGACAAGUGUUUUGCUUGGUUCCUCACCAGUAAACAAAAAUUCCAAUCAUCCUCUUGAAGGAGCUGAUUUAGAAGAAUCAGUUGUUCAGCAGUCUCCCUUGGAUACUAUGACAAUACAUACAAAAGAGAUGCAUUCUGCUACAUUGUCAGAAAAUGAGCAGCAAAAUGAGCAGCAAAACAAGGUUUCACAUUCUGAGAUGGAUGGAUGUGGCCCUGUGACAGUACCUGAUGAUUUUAAUGGAGGACCCUUUGCUUUGAAACCUAUCAUUCAUACGGUAACAGACAACAGAUCAUCAAAAAAUCCUCAAGCGUGUUCAACAACAGAAGAUACAGCUUUUCAGGAUAUAUUGCCUGAUCUAAAAUCAAUAGAGGAUUUGCAGAGCAAGGGAGGCACACUUGUUGAGUGUGGAGAAAUGGAUUGUAAGCCACAGUUUCCAAAGGCAGCAGAAAAUGGAGAGAACAAGAUACCUAAUGAAAAUUAUGGUAUCAUGAGGUUACAGACCCCAACAACUUCAUCAAAUUCUGUGAACAUAGAUUGCCUUGAACUAGCCUUACCUCCAGAACUAGCCAUUCAGUUAAGUGAAAUAUUUGGACCUGUUGGUGUUGAUUCAGGAUCCCUAACUACUGAAGAUUAUGUGGUUCAUAUUGACUUGAAUUUGGCCAGAGAAAUUCAUGAGAAGUGGAAAGCAUCUAUCAUGAAGCGCCAGAAGAGAGAAGAGGAGUUACACAGGCUCCUUGAAGAAGAUCCCAUGCUGUUUGAGCAGUUACAGCUAGAUGAGCUGGACAUGGACCUUUCUCAUCAUACAAGUAGUCAGGUACAAAGGACUGAACCAGUGCAUGAACUGACUCAAAAUUCAGUUGCUUCAGACUUCUUUCCUUUCAUGGAUCACUGGAAUGUCCAGACACAGAAAGUAUCACUCCGGGAGAUAAUGUCUGAAGAAAUAGCCUUACAAGAAAGACAAGAUGAGAAACAUUUUCCUUUCAUGACUAGAAAAGAUUGUGCUGCUAGACUGAAAGAGAAGCAACUCUUGGAGAUAUUCCCAACUAUUAAUCCGAAUUUCUUGAUGGACAUCUUCAAGGACAACAAUUAUUCUUUGGAACAAACUGUGCAGUUUCUGAAUACCGUUCUGGAAGCAGAUCCAGUAAAAACUGUUGUGGCUAAAGAAACUACUCAGGGUACUACUCUCUCUUCUUGCGGUAUACCAAAGAAAAAGGUGAAAAAAAUCAAGGAGCCAGAGGACAAUCUCAUUGAAAAAGUGUUCCAAGACUUUGAAUAUCCAGGAUAUGAUGACUUCAGGGCUGAAGCUUUCCUUCACCAGCAGCAUAGGCAAGAGUGUCUAAGAAAAGCUGGGGAAGCAUACCGCAAGGGAAUGAAGCCAGUAGCUGCAUUUUAUGUCCAACGGGGUCGCUUUCAUGAGCAGAAGAUGAAAGAAGCAAACCGGGAUGCUGCUGUGCAAAUCUUCGAGAAAGUAAAUGCCUCAAAGCUGCCUGUAAACCUUUUGGACCUGCACGGUCUUCAUGUGGAUGAAGCUUUGGAUCAUUUGGGUGCAGUGCUACAGGAAAAAACAGAAGAGUGCAGCCUGGCUGGUGGUAAGCCUUAUCUUUACGUGAUCACAGGAAGGGGAAACCAUAGCCAGGGACGAGUUGCUCGCAUCAAACCAGCAGUAAUGAGAUACCUAACAAGCCACAAAUUUAGGUUCACAGAAAUAAAGCCAGGCUGCCUGAAAGUCAUGCUGAAGUAAAUGAGUGUCACCAAGAGAACUGCAAAAGUUCAUAUUACAGAAAAAAUGUAUUUGUUUUGCUAUGCUACUUUAAAGAACAAUAUUUAACUUAUUUUUAGCAUGGGGAGGCAAAUAAUUCCCUAUAUGAAACAGUAUCUGAUUUUUAAAGGGAAAUAUUUUUAUAUGCAUUUUCCUAUCAAGCAGUGUGUGUGACAUGUUUCAGUACAAGAAAUUAACUUUCAAAGGGAAGCAGUUUUGAAACACUCCGUCCUUCUCAAAUAAUAUUUUAAAACAAGCCUGGUAAUUUUAAGCCUUACUGCAAAGAGUGUUUCACCUGUUUUGAAAUAAUCUAAAGUUUUUUUGUGAGAUGAAGUGAUAUAAUAAAUCUAACAAGAAGUGCUAACUAAGAUUUAUAUUCUUGUAUUUCCAUGUAAGAUUCCUUUUUCUCUUUAUAGAGAGGAAAGGAAGAGAGACAUAUCAUCUUGUGCCACAAUGAACUGUUCUUUCCCUCCUGUAUACUGAAAUAUUGUAUACUGUAUCUUGAAAGUAUUGGCAAUACAGCCCAAUGGGAUGGUGGAACUUCAUUGUGAAACAGAAAGGUACCUAACAAAUCUAUGAAACUCUGUCUUUAUCUGAGCCAAGAGAAUCUAUUUCUCCUCCUUUUGUUUUUAACAUUGACAACUAAAAUUGGUGGAAUUAAAGUAUGUGCUUUUUACCAUAUUCAUCUUGAUCCCAAGCUCUGUGGACUAGCAUUGCCAACAGAGGUCAAAUUUAAAUAGGGGCUUCCUUGUUUACAUUGCUCUCACGACUUAGUCUGUGAGUGCGAUGGGGAUCAGCAGAGAGCCUUGAAAGGUAGCGUGGUGCCCCUUCUGUAGUUUUCUUUCUACCUUGUGAUUUUUACAUGUGUAGCAAGUCCUCUGGACUAGGGGUCAAUGCAAAUUCUUGAAGAAAAGAAAUAGAAGGGAACUCCUAGGUAUCUACUCUCUUUACAUAGAAAUAAGAUAUGCCCUAAAAUACAAGCAGAUUGAGUCUAUGUGACAAGUUGCUGGGUUACAGGCAGAUUCAGGAUCAGCAAUACACAGAGAAGAACAUCCUCAACUGCACUGGCUCCAAUCACAAUGCAGAACUACUAAAAAUAAGCUACAUGUAUGCUGAACUUCUCGUUUUCAUACUGCUAUUAAAUCAUACAUCUAGAUCAAGAGCUAGAAAGCUGAAGCACUACAAUGAGUGCUUGUAUGUCUCAGUUAUAUUGAUGCAGUGCCAUCUGGAAAAUUGUUCAUCGUUUUUUGAUCAUAAUACAUUUUCUGUCAGUUUUUAAAAUGUGUGAGUUCAUAGCAGGCAAUAAGUGUCUAGUGAUAACUGGAAGUAUUUUUAAACAUUUUUGAAUUGCAAAACAGGAUAAGGCUAGUUACAGAAUUAACAGGUCUCUCAGAUAUAUCAGUUCCUCUAAAUUAGUGCAGAGAUAUUUUUAAAGCAAUGAUAAAAGUGAUUUAUUUUCUUGAACAAAACUGAAUAUGCAAUCAAUGUAUGCAUUUCUCCUUUUUUCACAAUAGAAGUACAAGUGCUCUUUAAAAUGAUACCUUUUAAUUUCACUACGCUUUUAAAACAACUGCAAAUUGCACGCAAGCCAUUUUGAAAAUGGAUGAGUGUGAAAUACUUUUAAUAUCCAGGUGCCAUUUCAGUAAAAUGUUGGACUGUGUUCAAAAGCAAAUGUUUCUAAUGGAACAAUAGAUUUAUACAUACAUGUUGUGCUCACCAGUUUAUUUCAGAGACAUUUGUGCAUGAGUAACUAAGAGCAGAUUAAGUUGCAUGCAUAGAAUAACAAAAAUGAUUCACUAAAAUGAAUUCUAAUUGGAUGCAUCAAACUACAAUUAUUCUGAUCUUCCCAAAAAGAUCUGUGAAAAAAAAAAGGGUGUUUUUUUCCCACAUAGAUGAGUGUAAAGUACUGCUGAGGUUAAGGUAAUUUUUGAAUCAGAAAACAAAUAUGAGUUGUUGAAUGUCUGGCAGAGGCUGCAAGAGAAGAGAAACCAACACUGACUUAUGUUUGCGGGGCAGAUUUUUUCCCUAUUUUUAUAGAUCAAGCAUUUUAAGUAUUUGUAGGGGAAAGGGGCUAACACCCUAAUUACGUUCCAUGGAUUGAAAUGGUUAACAGAUUAUGAAGUCUUUUUUUUAACUACAUGUUUUUGUUUAUCAAACUACAGUAUUUACUUAGGAAUGUAAUGUAGAGCAGUACUGUUUCUCCAGUUAAAGUUGCACUGAUAUCAUGUCUGUGUGGACAGGGCACACCCAUCUCUUUUGUUUUAUAUACACCUCAUGGAAGGCUAUUAUCCAUCUAUUCAAGUAGCCUGAAUAGAUGAAUAAUUUCGAUCACAUGUGAUAAUGUGUGUAAUUA